AUGACUUCUUCUCCACAAGCUCACAUCCCUCACAUCGACUUUGAUCUGUUCAUGCCAUCCUCCGAACGAAGAAUGGACGACGCUAUCCCGACACGGGUUAUCACUCCGUCUGCUCCUGUCACCGGAGAAGCUCAGGGAAAAGUUUGCGAUAACUCUUCCGACAUAUUUGAAGAGAUUGCUUCUCCAGAUCCGCUUUGUCCGAUUCUUAAUCAGCGAUCGACAACUACAUCUCCAACGGAGGCUUACAACCUCGCUGAAGCGUCUUCCAUAGCGGUGCCUGUCUCUCCUAAGACACGAGUGUUGGAAUUCAUAGGCGAUUUAUAA